AUGAGUGAAAUAAAUCACAAUCUGUGGCAGCGCGUGAGAAGGACGAAGCAGAGGCACGGGAAAAAAUUGCUUUCUCUCGCCCAUGCACAGUCUCCAAAGAAAUCAAAGCGCCCCCCGCAGAUCAUCGACAAUUUUGUGAUAAAUCUCUCGUCCACACAGCCAUCACAAGCUGAGCUGGAUCUGCUGAACAAGGGAUUAAACUAUGCAGCCCCUCCUUCACAUCCCCCACUUGCCGAAACAGUGAAUAAUAUUGAAAGCGCCAUACAGUACAACAGUUUCACGUCGAAGUCAGCCAUCCGACAUGAUCUCGAGCAUUGCUUCCCGGAUGAAGUUAACAGAAGGUCCGAAGAGCAACGGUCAAGCACCGAUGUGUCGAACGUAAUUCGCGAACUGAAAGCCCGGGACGUGGUGUACUCUCGGGCAGAUAAAGGAAAUGCUGUUGUGAUCAUGGACAAACAAGAUUACGAUCGUCGCGUUCUCGACAUGAUUAGUACUGGUCCGUACGAAGAGUGCAAAUAUAAAAACGGUAAGCCGAAAGACCCGCUCAACGUAAUGAUAGAGGAGGCAAACACUGUCCGUCAGAAGGUCGCUCGUUUGAUGGGAGAAGAAAAAUUCGAACGGAGAUUCCACGUUCCGAACCCGAAAGUCCCUUCACUGUACUGCCUGCCAAAAAUUCAUAAAAACCCAGUGUCAAUGCGGCCAAUCUCAUCUAACAUUUGCGCGCCCACCGAGAAGAUGGCUGCUUGGCUGGUGGAUGAAAUGAAAAAGUACCCUGUUACUCACGGAAAAAGUGUAAAAAACAGCAUAGAUUUGGUGGAGCAACUGAAAGAUUUUGAGGCCAGGCGGGGGGAAGUUCUGGUAUCGUUUGAUGUGACUGCUUUAUUCCCAAACGUACCAGUAUCUGACGCCUUGGAAAGUCUUCGACGACAUCUGGAGCGAAACCGCGUGUUACCUUAUCAGGUCGAAGCUUACCUUUCAGUGGCAGAGUGUUGCAUGAAGCAGAACUUCUUCACGUUUAGAGGGAAGUUCUACAAGCAAACGUUUGGUCUUAGCAUGGGCAACAAGCUUUCGCCUCUACUAGCAGACGUUUUCCUGAGCGAUUUCGAGUUAGCUUUAGGCAAAGAAAAGCUCUUCCCUCGAGUUUGGAGACGCUACGUGGACGACAUUUUCGCAGCCGUGAAAGAACGCUAUCUAACGCAGACCCUUGACCUAUUGAACUCCCGUCACAGUACAAUAAAGUUUACGGUAGAGAAGGAAAUAGAAGGGAAAUUGCCAUUCCUAGACCUGAUGAUAACCAGGAAAGCGGACAACAAACUAAAAUUCGGGAUCUACCGAAAAGCGACAUCCACAGACAGAUACAUAACUUCCGACUCUAACCAUUUCGGCGCUCAAAAACAAGCAGCCUUCCAUUCCAUGGCCCACCGUCUAUUCAAUGUACCGAUGGAAAAUGAAGAAUUCCAGGCCGAGCGGGAAAAAAUAUACAAAGCUGCUGUAUUGAACGGGUAUGAAAAAAGAUUUGUGGACAAAAUUCUAAGAAAACACAAAAGGAAAAAGCACAGACAAAACGCGACAACGUUAGAGCCGGAUAAAAAACAGGAACGUAGAAUCUGCUUGCCGUUUUACCCCAAAAUUACUAACCCUGUCCAAACCGUCCUAAAACAGCAUGGUUACCAAGUCGCAUACAAAAGUGGUAACACCUUGAAAGACCUCUUGUGUAAUCUAAAAGACAAGGUUCCAACCGAUCAAAAAUCGGGGAUCUACCAAAUCCCCUGUAAAGAUUGCCCCGCAGUAUAUAUUGGACAAACUCGCCGAAAGUUCAAAGUCCGCAUUCGAGAACAUAAGCUUGCUGUCGACCACGAAAGAGGCAACGACUCCAGUGUGGCAGUACACACUAUAGCCCACAAUCACACCAUAGACUGGGACAGUGCGAAACUCGUGAAAACUGUACGGAAAGCUGCACACCUGAACGCAUGGGAAUCAAUGUACAUAGCCAAUGCUGAACACGUGCUUAUGAACGAGGACGACGCGCCAAUAUCAUCACCCCUUUUCCACUUGACAAACCUGAAAAUUCAGUGA